AUGACCAUGAAUUUUGUGCCGACUCUGAAAGCCCCUGGCGGCUGCUGGUUGGUGCAUGUCAGCCGGCAGUGCUCACGUGGCUCCCACGGGCUGUUUGUGCCCCCCAGUUCUCCUCCAGACCCCGAGAAAGUCAAAGAGUUGCAGCGCUUCGUCACCCUUUCCAAGAGGCUCCUCGUGAUGACCGGGGCGGGCAUCUCCACGGAGUCGGGGAUCCCAGACUACAGGUCGGAAAAGGUGGGACUUUACGCCCGCACGGACCGGCGGCCCAUCGAGCACCGGGAUUUCCUCCAGAGCGCGCCCAUCCGUCAGCGGUACUGGGCGAGAAACUUUGUGGGCUGGCCGCAGUUCUCCUCCCACCAGCCGAACCCCGCGCACCGGGCUCUGAGCCAGUGGGAGCGACUUGGGAAGCUGUACUGGCUGGUGACCCAAAAUGUGGACGCCUUGCACACCAAGGCGGGAACUCAGCGCCUGACGGAGCUCCAUGGAUGCAUGCACAGGGUCCUCUGCCUGGCCUGUGGCGAACAGACGAGGCGUGAGGUGCUGCAGGCACGCUUUGAGGCCCUGAACCCCACCUGGAGCGCCGAGGCCCACGGCUUGGCCCCCGACGGUGACGUCUUUCUCACCGAGGAGCAAGUGCGGCGCUUCCGCGUGGCGCCGUGUGCCCGGUGUGGGGGGCCCCUGAAGCCGGACGUGGUUUUCUUCGGGGACACGGUGCAGCGGGACACGGUGGACUUCGUGCACAGGCGCGUGAGAGAGGCCGACUCGCUGCUGGUGGUGGGCUCGUCCCUGCAGGUGUACUCUGGCUACAGGUUCAUCCUCACCGCCCGGGAGCACAAGCUCCCCAUUGCCAUCCUGAACAUCGGGCCCACGCGGUCGGAUGCGCUGGCCUGCCUGAAGCUGGACUCCCGCUGCGGGGAGCUGUUGCCCUUGAUCGAUGCGCGCUGACCGUGGCCAAGCGCUCCUGCUCCCCUGGUGGGCCCGUCCUGCCCGCCGCCGCUCCAGAUCCCUCCGGAUUCCUCCUGUUCACCUCUAAUCAAAGCUCACUGAGUACCGCCUGCUCAAGGCAGUGAACCACCUGCUCAGGGCAGUGAACCGCCCUCUCUCCCAGCCCGAGCCGGCCCUCAGUUCAGAUCCUCAGGCUGAUGAAAUCUGCUGUCCCCCCUCCCCCCAAAGGCUUUUCAAAGAAGCAGUUCCUCCGGACAGGAAACUGCUUUUGUUUCCUCUUUAUCUCACCAGGUAGAAGAAAAGGCCCAGGAAUCCAUGCCAGAAUGCUCUCUGGAGUGCUAACUUGAGCACGUCCUGAAAGGCUGGGGAGGCAGGGAGGGAGGGAAGAAGGAAGUAAUUCGAUUUACAGUUCCAAAGGACUCGGGGUCUAACUGCACCAUUUUUAUGCUGUUGAUAAGAUGAGCACUAAGGAUGACUUUUUUUUUUUUCGGUUGUCCAAGGAAU